AUGGCAUUCCACACCGAUCAAGUUCUUAAGCGGCCGGCGCCUGAUACCCAAGACGGAAAGAGUGAACAGCCAAGGAAAAGGGGCAACAUCAGCGAGACCACCGAGCAUAAGAUGGAAGUGCUGAUGCAGUCAUCAAUUCUCGUGGAAGACUCCUCUGAUGACGAGAUUCAUCCGCAGUCGGGUCAGCUAAUCCAACGACAAACAGUCUGAUGGAAAGGUCCAUGCUAAUACUGAUUUGGCAGAUCCAGGCGCGAAGAAGCAAGGCAUGACGGCUCGUGAGGCCAGGGAUCAUUUUGCCGAUAUCAGCGGCUAUGUGGAGGAGCUGGAGAAGCAAGUGAGGGACAAGGGCGAGGAGGUCUCGAGGCUGCAGGUCGAGAUGCAGACACUCAGGGAUAAGGCCAACCGCCUCAUCAUGAAGAAGAAUGGACGCAUUCGGGAGUUGGUGAGGGAGAGAGAUGCCUCCAACGAUUUAGUGGACUCUUGGCGUCUCAGGGCUCUGAAUUCGGACAGAGAGAUUGAAGACAUGAGAGCUCAGGCCCUAGCGGAGAAGGAGAAGUGGUUCGAGGCCAAGCAUGUCGCGUCGAUGGAACGAGCGAGGUGUGCUGAUGUCGUCAAGGCGGCUAAGGACGUGGUCGACUGCCACACGGCCGAUUUCAGCGGCAAGAUGCAGAAGUUGGACGAGGCUGCAAAGGCUCUUGGACCAACGCGAAAGCCCUAA